GGCGCCAUUUUGAAAGCGUGAUUCCUUCAAAGUAAAUUCCGUUCAACUUUACCUUCACAAUGUUAAGAUUUUAUUGCCUAAAACCUGACUAUUUCAUAUCGUUCUAUCGUCUCUAAUGAGUAAUGAAUAUAAAAGAUUGCUAUCCGAUGAGAAAACGACGUUCUCUUGAUAAAACUCCGGGCCGUUCGACGAAUAAUGACGCAGGGAGACUUAAUACUCCAAGACGGAUCCAGUCAAAUCAUGCCCUUGCAGAGCAAGGCUUAGAUGUGAUAUGGGAUAACAAUUCACCUUCGCCAUCAAGAACCCUUCUGCUAGGAAAAAGGAAAAAGCAUGCUGGUAGCGACAGCAGUAGCAGUGGUGGCGAGAUAUCUGACUUGGUAAAGAAGCUUGCAGAUAAGACAGGGCAAACACCAACAAAUAAUAGUCUAUUAAACUACUGGUUAGAGGAAGAGGUUAGUCAUUCUGAUGCCGCAGGCGACAAACAUGAUGGUGAAAAAGUCAAGUCAGUCAGUAAGAAAAAAAAACAGUUGAAGACUCCUUGUAGAAGACCUAGAGAGUUGCGAAAAUCUAGGAGAAAUAAAAACAAGCUAUCCAAGGAAUUAGAAAUGCUUGCUAGUAUUAUGCAAUCUGAAACAGAAAAUGUAUCCACUCAUCCGUCAACAUCUACCAACCAAAGCUCAAGCAUUGUACUAAAGCCCAUAAAAACAGAAGACAAUACAUUCAGAUCAUAUACAAACUCCAGCGACAAAGAUAAGAUGGACACAAAGUCAACUACAACCAAUGCUGAACUAAAGAGUCCUCCUCUGCCAUCAGUAGACGAUUGUGAUGAUUUUGAUUGGGAGGAGGAUGAAGAAGGGGAUGUGAUUCUAAGCCAGGUGGAUCUAUCUGGUUUAUGUGAUGAUGACACUGUUACUAAGGAUAAGAUGUUCACAAAUACACAGUUUUUUAAUGAGCAAGAACGAUCAAACCAAACCCUUAACUGCAAGUUGGAAAAGGAUUCUGAAAAUGAAAACUUGGAUCUUGAUGAAACCAGCUUUGUAACUGAGAGUUGGGAUUUCGAUGAUGAUUUUGACUUUGAUGAUAAUCUUGACAAUAAAGAUCAACUCCUUCAGACUUUGGACGAGGUAGAAAGAACGCAGUCAAUCAUUAGUAACAUUCCAUCCAUGUCGCAAACCAAUAACUGUACUUUAAGAACCAUAGACGUCAAAGAACAAGAUCAUGUUCUUGAUGUCAAAAUUGCUAAGAUGAAAUAUUCUCAAAGCAAAUCUUCGUACGUAAAAGAAGGAAAUACUACGAAGAAAAAUGCCAACUUGAAGGUAGAACCUUCAGAAAGCAGGCCUAUGUACACAAAAGUAAGAAGUACUAUAAAGUAUGAAGAAAACAAGGAGGUUUUUGAAGUAAAAAAUUCCAGGAUGGAACCUUUUAAAGGCAAGCCAUCAUACACUAAAGAGAAAAGUAUAAAUAAUUAUAAUACAGAAAACAAGUCAAAUGUUCUUGGAGAAAAGAAUGUCAACGUAAAGGUGGAACCUUCACAAAGCAAGCCUUUGUACAGUAAAGAGGAAAUUGAAAGAAAGAAACUCCAAGCUCAACAGAAGCUGAAACAAAAACAAAAACUGAAGGCACUAGUUCCAAAACUAGAUGUCUAUAGGUUAAGAAGAAUAUAGAAUUUUUUUUUUAUAGUAGUGAAAUCCAAUAUUGCUAAAAUAACUACUUAUGUCAAGAAAAUCAAAUAAAGUAGGGUCAUGAA